AUGCCUGGGGGUGUUUGCGCUUCACAGCCGCUGCCACCCCUAUUUCGGCCUAUAUGGGGCCCUGGGGGUCCCGAAGCGCCCCCGAGAGCAACCUUAGUGAUUGGCGUUGUCGGAUAUCUACGUUUUCUCGGAGCCCGUAUCGAUGGAGUGAAAGGUGGCAUGGAGAAAGUGAAGCGCGACGUACAGGACGUGAAGCUGGACACGAAGGAGACGAAGCUGGACAUCAAAGCUCUCCUGGGUCGUCAACACCAUCUCGAGCUCUAG